AUGGGCAAGGUGAGUAGGCAAAUGUACUUGUUCUUUUUUCAGUUGUUGACAGGUUUUCUGUUAUGAGGUAACUCUAAUAAUUAUUUUUUUGUCAACAAUUCGACAGGUUUGUCCUGUAGGCCUACGAAAGCCAUCCUUACUAGUGUAGAAAAGAUUCCCAGAGCCUUUCAAAUCAUGAUGUCCAUGUAUUUAGAAACAGUGUAAAUUAGACUUGUUAACUCAAAACACACUUUUCAGGUAUGGGAGUCCAUCCUGUGUGUCCACCCCACAAAUCCCUCAGCAAUCAGGAUGAUCCUGAGAAGGGUUGAUUUUCCAGGCUCAUCUCAGAAGGCUUUGUGUAGUCCCGUGCUGAUUGAGCUGUCCCAGAGUGCUGUACAGCAUGUGGAGGCCAAUGCCAGUCAUGACCUUUCCUGCCCCCUGACAGUGGAGCAGUUGAAGGCAAGGAAUCUUUACAUUCCUUGGUUGAAGGAUAGUCCUCCUGUCAAUCAGGAAGUGAGCCAGCUCAAGAGGCCUAAACUGUCAUGCCCCAAGUUGACCCAGCUGUCCCAGAGUGCUGUGCAGCAUGUGGAGGCCGGUGCCAAAGCCAGUCAGGUAUCCUCGUACCUUUCUUGGAAGAGGCUGAAGGAUAGUUUUAUUGCGGAACAGAAGAAGGUGAGCCAGCCCAAGAGGCCUGAACUGGUUCCCAGGAUCAGGGCCUCCAAGGACCCCAGCCCACUACGACAGAAGCAGCAGCGACAGAGGAAAAGGCCAGCCGAUGAGUUGGAUAAGGUGUCUGGCAGCAGGGGGUGCAUGAGAGCAGCCAAGAAGGACAUCUCUGGAGAUCUGGCCCAGCUCAAGCCUGGUCAGUCCACAGGAGACACCUGGAACAACACUAGGUAAAUAUCAUUACAGCUAAUACUGUAUUAUGGGAUUUGUAUGAUUUGUUAAUUUAAUGACCCAAUAGAAUUCAAUAGUUCUGAUUUCCCUUGAAGACUAGAAACAAAGGUAGGUCCCAUACUGUACAAUGAUAGACGAGUUGGCUAUAGUACAUACCAGUACAGUAUGGAACCAGGCCAGGAACAAGGUGUUAUGUCAGGCUGUGUUUGUAUUCUAUAGAGCUGAAGAACCUUGUCGUCUGGAGGUUAUGAAGAACCUGACAGGCCUGUGGGGCAGCACUGGGCAAGGCCAGCCUCAGCUGACUUCACGAGCCAACCGUCUCAGCCCCUGCCUGGCCCAGUACUUAGCCUCCACUGUCACACCGAGGACCUUUGACCUCCAGAUAAUGGGCAUGACCUCUGACCUAAUGGACUUCUUGGAUAUGCCCGAGGAGAGACUGUCUAUAGAGCUUUGGGACCUCGGGGAGGGCACAGGGGACCAGCGCUACAAAGCCAACUGGCAAUUCUCUGGAGAGCACAGCAAUGUGCUGAUGGAGGGAAUCUGGCUCCAGAACGAUGACAACUGGUGA